UCUCCUUCGUGUUUGUCCUUUUGCAGGUGUCGGCACCUUUCGUGUUUGUUCUAUGGAAAGUUUCAGGUGCUUUCUGAAGAAUCUCUUUCCCAUGUGCCGGUCUCCCACUGCUCAACCAGUCCUGCACAGCUGUCAAUCAGACAGUAAGCUCCGGAUGGCGUAGGGAGAGGAGACAGUAUCAAAGGACCCCCAGAAGAGUUCCAGUAGUUGUUCCUGAGACAGAAACUCAGAGAAGAACAACAGGAAGGAUGGAUGGUUCUUCUGCAAAUGCACCCCAGGGUCUGUUGACAUUCAGGAAUGUGACUGUGGACUUCUCCCAGGAGGAGUGGGAAUGUCUAGACUCCUCUCAAAGGGCUCUGUACAUGGAUGUAAUGUGGGAGAAUUACAGCAAUCUAGUUUUUAUAGAGAACCAUUGCAUAUGUGGAAAAUACGAGAAGGUCUUGGAUCAAGGCUCAAAGCACAUUGUCCAUGAGGAUGUGAAUACCCAGGAGAAGUCUCACAAAUGGUAUGAGCUUGGCAAAACGAUUCAUGAAUCCUCCCAAGGUAUACCUUAUAACACAAGUGGAACUACAGAAAACUGCCAGGACUACAGAAGUGGUAACCACAGUGAUGCCUCUAUUGAGUCAUCAAAUCCAAUGUUUGGGAACACUGCAGAAGAACAAUACAAAUAUCAAGUUUACGGGGAGUGUUUAAAUAUGUGCCCUAUCAUUAGCCAAUAUCAACAAAUCCACACUGGAAAGAAAGAACACAAAAAUACAGAGUAUGAUGAAUUUUUUGACUAUAACCAUGAACUAAAGGUGAAACAAAUCCAUAGUGGAGAAAAACCAUACCAAUGCAGGAAAUGUGGAAAAUAUUUCAGGACCUAUUUGAGCCUCAGUAGACAUCAGAGAGCUCAUCCUGGAGAGAAACACUAUAAGUUUACAGAAUGCAGUAAGUCAUUUCUCUAUUUCUCACACCACAAAGCACAUUAUAACAUCCAUUAUGGAGAAAAACCCUACAAAUGUACAGAAUGUGGCAAGUGCUUUUAUUAUACAUUGGGCAUUAAAAGACGUUACAGAAUUCACACUGGAGAAGAGACUUACAAAUGUAAUGAUUGUAGAAAACGCUAUAUAUGCUGCCUGGGUCUUAGAAAAUAUCAGAAUAUCAGUGGAGGAGGAAGGCCUUAUGAAUGCAAAAAGUGUAGUAAGUCCUUCUAUACAUUGUCACACCUUGAAUACCAUUACAGAACUCACAGUGGAAAGAAAAUUUAUAGAUGUAAUGAAUGUGGUAAAUCCCUUUCCACCUCCUCAGGUCUGCAAAGACAUCAAAGAAUUCACACAGGAGAAAAAUCUUACAUAUGUAGUGAAUGUGACAAGUGCUUUAUCCAAAAGUCCCAGCUUAAAACCCAUCAAAAAAUUCACACAGGAGAGAAAACUUACAAAUGUAGUGAAUGCGAGAAAUGUUUUUCUGUUGGUGCAUCUCUUAGAAUACAUCAAAGAAUUCACACGGGAGAGAAACCUUACAAAUGCAGUGAAUGUCACAAAUGCUUUAUCCAGCAAGCCCACCUUAGAAGACAUCAGAAAACUCAUACUGGGGAGAAACCUUACAAAUGUAGUGAAUGUGAGAAAUCUUUUUCUGUUGGCUCAGAUCUUAGAAUGCACCAGAAAAUUCAUACUGGAGAGAAACCUUACAAAUGUAGUGAGUGUGACAGAUGCUUUAUUCAGAAAGCCAAGCUUAAAAAACAUCAGAGAAUCCACACAGGAGAGAAACCUUACAAAUGUGGUGAGUGUGAGAAAUCCUUUACCGUUGGCUCAGAUCUUAGAACACAUCAGAAGAUUCACACAGGAGAGAAGCCUUACAAAUGCACUGAAUGUGACAAAUGUUUUAUCCGGAAAGCCAACCUUAGAAGACACCAGAGAAUUCAUACAGGAGAGAAACCUUACAGAUGCAAUGAGUGUGAGAAGUGCUUCAUCCAGAAAGCCAAUCUUAGAACUCAUCAGAGAAUCCACACGGGAGAGAAACCUUACAGAUGCAGUGAAUGCGGGAAGUCCUUUACCGUUGGCUCAGAUCUUAGGAAGCAUCAGAAAUGUCACACUGGAGAGAAACCUUACAAAUGCAAUGAAUGUGACAAAUGCUUUAUUCGUAAAGCCCACCUUAGACGACAUCAGAGAAUCCACACGGGAGAGAAACCUUACAAAUGCUCUGAAUGUGACAAAUGCUUUAUCCAGAAAGCCAAUCUUAGAACACAUCAGAAAAUCCAUACAGGAGAGAAACCUUAUAAAUGCAAUUACUGUGACAAAUGCUUUAUCCAGAAAGACCACCUUCGAACUCAUCAGAGAACUCACACAGGCGAGAAACCUUUCAAAUGCAGUGAAUGUGACAAAUCUUUUGCUGGUGGUUCAGUUCUUCGGAAACAUCAGAAAAUUCAUACUGGAAGAAAUCUUACCAGUACAGUGAAUUUGACUAACCCCUUAUCCAGAAAACCAACCCUAGAGCUCAUCAAAGAAUUGAUACAGGAGAGAAACCUUAUAAAUGCAAUGUAUAUGGCAAACUCUUUACCUGUCUCUCAGGUCUAAGAAAAAAAUCGGAAAAUACAUACUAAAGAAAAAACUUUCCAUCGGAAGUAAUAUGGGAUAUACUUUAUACAAGCUCUACCCUUAUGGACCAUUACAGCAUCCACACUAGGGAGUCAUUAUGUACAUGAGAAAUGUGUGAAAGCCUUUGAAUAAUGUUCGAAUCUCAGAAUACUGAGGAAAACUUCUGCAAGUGUGAUAUUGCAGGAAUAUUUUCAUUAAAAUGUUUUAUUUUCUCACCUUCAAAUAAUUCAUAAUGAUUACAAAAAGGAGAAGCCUGAAGAAUGUGCUGCUGUUUGUCAGUUUUCUGGAGCCUGAAACAUUCCCUCCUGUAGGGAAGCUGAUUAAGACAGUAAAUAAAAAAAAUAGCUUCAAGAAGUCCCUGAAGCUUUCAGGAAUCACUGUGCUUAAUUCCAUUGAAGAAACUUAUCCCAGUCUUGCUGUUUAGAAGAAGCUUUGGUGAAUUGAGCCAGUAAGAUACAAUGAUUGCCCUUUGGCAUACAGAUAUGCCUACAGGUGUGUAGUAUUCUUUGUGUGUCCAGUGUUCAUAAGCUGUUUUUCAUGCUGGCUUGGCAUUUCAUCAUGGCAACUGUCCCCUAAUCACUUUUGUUCUUGUAAGCAACUCCAUUCCCAUUGCUUAUGCAAGUAACCCCAAUAAAAGCUGUUGGUUCAACAAGAUGUAUUUCAGGGGCAA